GCCGCUCCCUCCCCCCCCAGCCCCUCCGCCCGCCCCUCCCCCCCCGCCGCCGCUGCCCGGCCGCGCUCCGCGGCACCCGGUAUCACAUGCUGUUGCAAAGCUAGUAUUAGUUAGUUUCCACUGGCAAAUCUCAGAGAUUUUGGAAAGACACAAGUCUAAUGCUGCCCAGUUGCUAGUAGAAGCACGAGUUCAGCCCACCUCAUCCAAACAUGCAAUGGUACAUUCCUCCCAUCACUGCGCAGUGUGUAUGCAGUUUGUCCGGAAGGAGAACUUGCUCUCUCUGGCUUGUCAGCACCAGUUCUGUCGCAGCUGUUGGGAGCAGCAUUGUACAGUGCUUGUCAAGGAUGGUGUUGGAGUUGGGGUUUCCUGCAUGGCUCAGGACUGCCUGCUUCGGACACCAGAAGACUUUGUGUUUCCAUUGCUGCCUAGCGAAGAGCUGAAAGACAAAUACAGGCGCUACCUCUUCAGGGACUAUGUGGAGAGCCAUUAUCAGCUGCAGCUGUGUCCUGGUGCUGAUUGCCCUAUGGUCAUACAGGUACAGGAGCCAAAAGCCCGGCGAGUGCAGUGCAAUCGUUGCAAUGAGGUCUUCUGCUUUAAGUGUCGGCAGAUGUACCACGCACCCACAGACUGUGCUACCAUUCGGAAAUGGCUCACCAAGUGUGCAGAUGACUCCGAAACAGCCAACUACAUCAGUGCUCACACUAAAGAUUGUCCCAAGUGCAAUAUCUGUAUUGAAAAGAAUGGAGGCUGCAAUCACAUGCAAUGCUCCAAAUGCAAACAUGACUUCUGCUGGAUGUGUCUGGGAGACUGGAAGACUCACGGCAGCGAGUACUACGAAUGCAGUCGGUACAAAGAGAAUCCUGAUAUUGUAAACCAGAGUCAGCAAGCACAGGCCAGGGAGGCCCUUAAGAAGUACUUGUUCUAUUUUGAGAGGUGGGAGAAUCACAAUAAAAGUCUACAGCUGGAGGCACAGACGUACCAACGAAUCCAGGAGAAAAUCCAAGAAAGAGUUAUGAACAACUUGGGAACAUGGAUAGACUGGCAAUACCUACAAAAUGCUGCAAAACUACUUGCAAAGUGUCGUUACACCCUGCAGUACACAUAUCCAUACGCCUACUACAUGGAGUCUGGUCCCAGAAAGAAACUGUUUGAAUACCAGCAGGCCCAGCUGGAAGCUGAAAUUGAAAAUCUCUCGUGGAAGGUGGAGCGAGCAGACAGCUAUGACAGAGGGGACUUAGAGAAUCAGAUGCACAUAGCAGAGCAGAGACGGAGGACCCUGCUGAAAGACUUCCAUGACACAUAAGAGAGGAGGAAGUGACAAAGUGCAGGGGUGAGAGCAGCGAGUGAAGUGAUGGCAGCUUCACCGGGAUAAGCAGGCACUGCCUCUGGGAGAACACGGCCAAGGACAAAGCCACCCCUCCCCUUGCAAGUCAGACACAUGCAAACACCACAUCUUAGUCCAGUUUGUUCUCUUAUCUUUCUGUUUCUGUUUCUGCCAGGCUAGAGGCCAGAGUUCAGAUUGGCAUAUUUCCUGGGACAUUUCCCUCCUGCCCGUGAUGGUUUCAGAAGGGGAGGGAGUUUUUCUCUGAAUGGCUGUUAAUAGUAUUAGAUCAUUACAAUUAUGUAAUUUUCAACGGUUGUAAAAUUAUACAGACAAACCUUAGAAUAACACGCAACCCUUUUUAAAAUAAAUUGGCAGUGGAGUGUUUUUCCUUAAUCUGCUUGUAAAUCUAAUGGGCUUUUCCCCUUUCUCCCUCUCCCUUCUUCUGACUCAAAAAUCCUCCUAGACACUCAAGGAGGUUACAAAUUAUCUCAACAAGAUUUCCCAAUGGUCCUUUAACCAGGGCAUUGUAGCACUGGCAUUGCAUGAGGAGAGUGGCUGGUGUUAAGAGUGGCUUCUGCUGUGUCUGACCCAACAGGACCAGCAGUUGCUGUGGUUUCAUAUGAUUACAUGUGACAUCUCUUUUCUUGUAAAUCAGCUGUGCAAAAUCCUGCUACAUAAACAAAAUCAAACAGGAAUUGUAAGGAAAAGACCAGGUUAACACUGGAGAAGAUAUGCCUUGAGUCAGGUCACAAUCUGCAUUUGGUUAAUUUUAGGUCUUCCAUGUAGACUUUUGCUUUACUUGUUUUUGUGGGGAGGGUGUUGUAUUGCCAAAGUGAGUGAUGAGGGAAUAGUAGUAUACAGUUGUUAAUAAAGGCUUGGGGCUUUUGCAGAGUGAAACAAUCCAUGUUAUAACAGUGCCAUGCAGCCUGGUAAAAGUUUAUUUGUGCCUGCUGGGUCACAUGGCUGAGAGAAUUUGAUCCCAUUCUUCAAGGUGAGAGUAAAUACUGCUACAUUAUGAGGAGGAAAGAUGAUGUACAACACACUCCCUGGCACGUGUCGGCACUUGAAUACAGGUGUGCUGUUUGUGCAGAGCCUGCACCAAGCCAGGCAGAAAAUUAACUAGCAAAAUUAAUUUAUUUGUAUGAUAGUAUUGGUACUGGUGGGAACUUACCAGAAAAACUGAUUGUUAGGAGCAUGUGGAGCUUUUUUAUUAACAUUCUUUUUUCUAAUGUAAAAUAUACACUAAAAUAAAAAUAUGAAAACCUAGUUCAUCUUAGUAGGGCUUAACAUGAAAAAGGUUACUGAAGUGCUGAGGCUUGCCUGUUUGCUACAGGAAGCAGGCCACAUGUUAACAUUUCACAGGUGUGAAUGUCACCUGUACCAGGAAUAUGUUUGCAACCAGGGAGGUGGAGCUAGAAUCUGAUCUGAGGAAAUCUUCACCUCUGUGGGGAACUCACAGGAUUCUCUUCCAUACUGUAUGGAAGUGUUGCCUUUGAUGCAUCCCUGUGUGCUCUGUUGCCCUUAUAUAAUGUCGCUUGACAGAGAUUAAACUGAAGUUGGGGGAAAGUGCUAAAUUCCUGCAUGUCAGAAUAAGCUAACUCUGCUGUUGGAGCCUUUUUCAUGUACCAGAUACAUGUGAGCCAAGUAUUUGCAGCACAUAUGAUCAAGCAGAUUGAUUUUAAUGAGAGGUGCAUCAAUUUACAAGAGGAGUAGCUAUUGUAGGAGCUAAUGCCAUGGCCAUGCUUGUUGUACACAGCAGAAAUUUUUGAGAGGCCUUUUCCUUCCCCCUCCUGUCCCUGGCAUGGGCUGCGUCCUCAGGGAAUACAGUAUGGAGGAGCUGCUGACAGAGAAGGGGGGUUACAUGGGAAGCAUCUGAGGGAGGAGCAGGGCUGCAGAGGUGGCUGGAGCCAGGGAGAAGGGCAGGGAGGUAGCCUGUGGUUGUAGGGAGAGCUGCUCAGGUGUUGCUCCCUGUGUUCCUGUGUCCUGUUCUGACUCCCCUCUAGGCUGGAGCCAUAGAGGUAGAUACAGCCCCACUCCAGCCAUGUUUUCCUGACUUAAUUCCCUCCUCUGCUCCCAGCAGCAAGUCUUUGUGCCCUCAUCAUGAUAUAUUCUAGAAGUUGGCCUCCUCCUUCUUCUCCCCUUCCCAAGGGAUUGUGCAAAUCUGGGCACAAUGGGCACAAGAGAUAUUAUGGGGGAAGACUUGCUGAGACCCAGCAGUUUGCAGUGUGUAGAACCAGUGUUUAAACUGUUCUUUAAAAAUGUAAUGUGCAAAGUACUAAUUAAGAUAAAAGCUGGUAUUCUUGUUGUCUAAAUGUAACUAGCACAACACCUAAUCUCUUUGCAGAACAGGACUGUGGAGUUCCCUAAUCCCAAAGAACUCUCACUUCUGUUAGAUAAUUGUCCAUCUUGGAGCUAGAUGAGAAUGGGGUUUUGUCUCUCUCCCUCCCUGCUGCCUUCCCUCCCUCCCUCUCCAGUGCCCCCACAAAAUACUUUGCUAUGAAUCCUUGUUUGUAGACAAGCUCAACUGCAGAGCUGUGGCCAAGCCUCCUGAGCAGACUUCUGAGAUGCUUGGCUGAGGAACAGUAACACAUAUUGCACAGUGUGUCCCCUAAUUCUUUCAAAUUUUCUGAAACCAGAGCUUUGUCAGUAGUUCUGUUUUCCAAAGAAAACAAAUGCCCUUUCUGACAGUGGUGGAAGUCCUGGUUUGCACGCACAGAUCCUGUUUCUGCGCUCUCUGGGAAAACAGCAGGACUGAGGUGCUUUUGCAGCCCGAGCUGGUUGACUUCUGUACUGCUGUUGUACAGAAUGUUGUAGGUUCCAAGAUGAAACCUGCAGAACAUGGGGGCUCUGAGCUCUUUGUGUGAAGUGUCUGGCACUGCGAGAGAGGCAGGGGGCAAGAAGGAAACAGGAGCUCUCAACACUGAAAGACAAGGCCAGGCUUUUCCCCUCAGAUCAGUAAAUGGCCCUAUUUGAGUCACGAGGUUACGUGAAUGUAGGUGAAUAGAAAGUGGAUCAGGAAUCGUUAAUUCUGAGGUACAAGUUUCCCUUUGGUGCAUUACUGCUGCAGAUGUGGAAUGUUUGCUUUUUUUUUUGCUUUUUGUUUUUUUUUCUUUGUUUUGCACUCCUUUCCAGAUGCACCCACCGGACACCUCUCCAUCCUUGCAUCCCAUACUCUUUUUAUUUCAGCUUUGCUUGUGUUAGUGCAUUGGCUGCCUCACCUCUAACAGUCCUCAGGCUUCCCAGACUGUAACAAAAAUAAAUUUUCUACUGGUGAUAUAAACUGCAUGACUGCUGCUGUGGGCGCUGCCCAAAGCGCUGUACCCACGCUGGGAGGGGGCAGCAGGAGGUUUCUGUAUCAUAGUCUUGCACUCUUUAAAUUUUAGACUUUUUAAGCGGGUGGGGGAAAAAAAAUUAAAAAAAAAAAAAUUCAAAAUAGAACUUUAUUUUUAAAUGAGGCGCUCGUUCUGGGAAUCCCUCCCUCUCCUCGCCCCGCUCUGGUUCGGGCUGCGGGGGGGCCGCAGAGCCGCUGCCACCCCUCGCUUUUCUUGGCAGGUGCUGGAGAGGGGCGGGGACGGCGCAACCCGCCCGGGAGACGUUUCCCGGAGGGGUGCCCUCGCGUUAUUUGAAAUAAAUUGUGAUUUCUAACUUC